GCCCCCUGCCGCAGCCAUGUCCACCCACCGCCUCGUGAUGGUCCGGCACGGCGAGAGCACCUGGAACCAGGAGAACCGCUUCUGCGGCUGGUUCGAUGCCGAGCUGAGUGAGAAGGGGGCCCAGGAGGCCCAGAGGGGGGCCCAGGCCAUCAAGGAGGCCAAGAUGGAGUUCGACAUCUGCUACACGUCAGUGCUGAAGAGGGCCAUCCGCACCCUCUGGACCAUCCUGGACGGCACGGACCAGAUGUGGCUGCCCGUGGUGCGCACCUGGCGGCUCAACGAGCGGCACUACGGGGGCCUGACGGGCCUCAACAAGGCGGAGACGGCCGCCAAGCACGGCGAGGAGCAGGUGAAGAUCUGGAGGCGCUCCUUCGACAUCCCGCCGCCCCCCAUGGACGAGAAGCACCCCUACUACAGUGUCAUCAGCAAGGAGCGUCGGUACGCGGGCCUGAAGCCCGGGGAGCUGCCCACCUGCGAGAGCCUCAAGGACACCAUCGCCCGGGCCCUGCCCUUCUGGAAUGAGCAGAUCGCGCCCCAGAUCAAGGCUGGCAAGAGAGUGCUCAUUGCAGCCCACGGCAACAGCCUGCGGGGCAUCGUCAAGCACCUGGAAGGGCUGUCCGACCAGGCCAUCAUGGAGCUGAACCUGCCCACGGGGAUCCCCAUUGUGUACGAGCUGGACCAGGCACUGAAGCCCACCAAGCCCAUGCGGUUCCUGGGCGACGAGGAGACUGUGCGCAAGGCCAUGGAGGCUGUGGCCGCCCAGGGCAAGGCCAAGUGACACGUGGGCUCUGGCAAUAAAGGCACCUACUCCCUCGGA